UGUACAAAACCAUGAUCAGCUGAUAUUAGACCCGACCUCGGGUUUGCAGUUGACGCAUGUACAAACAAUAUGUGCAAUUCUCUGUAAUUCGUGCCGUUUUUAAAUUUAUUUUUGGACCAGUAUUUCCGCGAGUUUUCCAAAUUAUUCGAAAACGGUGCACUUUUGUUUUGGGCGACUACGUCGCAAAGAGUGCGUCGGCCUGAGUCGUUUUUCAGGGUGUAAGAAACUGUCGGGGAAAAAGUCGCAAGUUUGAAGUUAUUCCUUUUAAAAACAUUUAUUAACCUUUUCCUAAAUGAGGUUGAACGGAUUUCUUCCAUCCUGCGAUGUUUUUCGUUUUCCUUCUUACGUUCCGAUAACACCAAAGUCGGCCAGGGAUUGACAGUGACAAUUAAUUUUUUCCGACCCGUAAAGUCGAUUUACGACGAAAUCCGCACCUUUUUGGUAUAAACUUACAUCAAGAAAAUGGGAGAGUCGAAAUCCCAUUCGGAUCCCGAAAUGAAGGGAUGGCUACUCAAAUGGACUAACUACUUGAAAGGAUAUCAAAGGAGGUGGUUCGUCCUAUCGAACGGAACUCUUUCCUACUAUCGGAAACCUAUUAAAUUGUGUUACUACAACAAACUUUGCAACUUUUCUAAGCGUAGACACCAUUCUUGCACAGGUAAUCAGGCUGAGAUGUCGCACACCUGCCGUGGGACAAUAAGUUUGCAAGGUGCCUUAAUUCAUACUGAAGAUUCAUGCAUGUUUGUGAUCUCCAAUGGAGCAACUCAUACAUUUCAUAUAAAAGCUAGUUCUGAAGUAGAAAGGCAAAAAUGGGUUACAGCGUUGGAAUUGGCCAAGGCAAAAGCAAUAAGAGCUAUCGAAUCAGAAGAGGAAGAAGAAGACUUCGAAGGAGGGGCCUCCAAAUGUGAACUCUCGUCAGUUAUGAAGGAACUUACCAACCGCCUGGAAUACAUUCAAACCUGCAAUGAUUUAAUUAAUAAACACGGCAAUAUUUUACAAAGGUCACUGACGGAACUCGAGAGCAUCGACUCUGCGACUGAAGUAUCGGCGAAAAUCAAAACUAUCAAUGAACGAGCCACUCUCUUUCGCAUUUCUUCAAACGCAAUGAUAAACGCUUGUUCGGAAUAUUUAACACUAGCACAAACACAAGGUAGAAAAUGGCAGAAAGCACUUCUCUAUGAACGAAGUCAGAAAUUAAGGCUCGAAGAAAUGGUUGAACAAUUAGCUACGCAACAUUCAUUUUUGGAACAAGCAGCUAAAGACCACAGGCUACCCAAAAACGCCAUUAGCAGUGCUCCUUCCGAUGACGAAGAAGGCGCAGAAUUCUAUGAAUGUGAAGAAUUAGUUGCAUCAUCUGAAUCAUCCAAACUUCCGUUAAAUAUUAGUUGUUCCAAUAGGGAGUUUGUAAAAGCAUCUCAUCGUCCAGACGAUGCUUCCGGUUCCAGCAGCGAGGCAGAGGAGGACCCACCAACUGAUACUGAAGCUUCAUCUACAAUGCAGUCGAACUCUGAUGUAAAUUUUUCUCAACCGAGGUCUCCAUCGUCCACAAACCUCCCUCCUUCAGAGCCAGUGACAGCGUGCACAUUUCCUUUCAAAUCUGACUCACAAUCAAAUGAUUCUAAGGAUAUUGAUCAGCAAGAUGAUGAAUCGAGUAGCCAAGGAGAUAAACCUUCCCAUUCUAUUCCUAAUUCUAAUCAGGUUACACAUUGCAAGCAAGAAUCUGGAUCAAAACGGGUUAGGAGAACAGCAGUUCCUAAUAAACCUUACUACCCACUUAAUCUUUGGAGUAUAAUGAAGAAUUGCAUUGGAAAAGAAUUAUCUAAAAUUCCAAUGCCUGUAAACUUUUCAGAGCCAUUGUCCAUGCUACAAAGGUUGACAGAAGAUUAUGAAUAUUCCUACAUAUUAGAUCAUGCAGCAACACUCAAAGACGAUCUUGAGCAACUCGCUUAUGUAGCGGCAUUCACGGUUUCAUCUUAUUCGACUACAUCAAAUAGAACUGGAAAACCUUUCAAUCCACUCCUAGGCGAGACUUAUGAAUGCGAUCGAAUGGACGAUUUGGGUUGGCGCGCAUUAUCUGAACAAGUGUCCCAUCAUCCACCCAUGGUAGCGCAGCAUUGCGAAGGCCGUAAGUGGAAAUGUUGGCAGGAGUUUACAAUGGCUUCUAAAUUCAGAGGAAAAUAUCUUCAAGUUGUUCCACUGGGAAUAGCACAUUUGGAGUUUGAUUCAGGGAAUCAUUAUACAUGGAGGAAGGUUACCACUACUGUACAUAACAUUAUUGUCGGAAAACUUUGGGUGGAUCAGCACGGAGAUAUGGACAUAAUAAACUCUAAAACUGGUCAUGUUUGCCACCUUCAUUAUGUGGCCUACAGUUAUUUCAAUAGAGAUGUGCAAAGAAAGGUUACAGGAAGGGUUCUGGAUGAAAAAGAUGUUGUGCAUUGGAUAAUUAGAGGAACGUGGGAUAGCAAAAUUGAAAUAGCACCAGUAACUAAUGUAGAAGGAGUUUCCCCAGGUUCAGUUGAACAGAAGAAAGGACCCUUUAAGUUAGCUUGGGAAAGAAAUGAACCAUUGCCUGACAGUGACAAAUUUUACAAUUUCACAUUACUUGCAUGCCAGUUGAAUGAAAUGGAACCAGGAGUCGCACCAACUGAUUCUAGAAAUCGGCCUGAUCAAAGAUACAUGGAAGAGGGUCAGUGGGAUAAAGCUAAUCAGAUUAAAAUAAAGUUGGAAGAAAAACAACGAGCAGCACGUCGAAAGAGAGAAGCGACAGCUGAAGAAGCAAGCGCUGAAGGCCGACCUUACCAGCAGUAUGAACCAAUAUGGUUUAAAAGGGAGACUGACCCGCAAAGCGGAAACAUCACACAUGUGUUUACAGGAGAAUAUUGGAAAUGUAAAUCGGCUGGAGAUUGGUCAAUGUGUCCAAACAUAUUUUAAAUGGAGUGUACUUAAGGACUAAAUUAUGUGAUCUAUCAAAUGCUCCAAAAAAGCCUUUUGUUUUGUACAAAUGCAAUUUGCUAUAGUCCGUUAACUUUAAUUUUUUUAAUGCAAAGAUAAAUAAGCGUUACCACCAAAUUUACAAUUUGUCUAGUGGAAUGAACAAUGCCUGUUGAAUAAUAUGAUGAUUUAAUAAAUAACAUAAAAGUAAUAAUUAUUCCUUAAAGAUGUUAAAUAAUUUUUGUUAGAGCAUGUUUAUUUUUAAUUGGAAGUAAUAUUAAAUGUGCCAUUGAAUGGCAAUAUUGUAAAAAUGAAGCUCGCCCUUGAUGAAGCCAAGUGAAAGACAAAACUUGCUUUAAAAAAAAGUUUUAUUUUAAUUGUUAAAAAAAAAACUUUAUAAUGAUAGAAGCUAAGUUCCAAUUUAAAAUCUUGAUGAUGCCAUCUGUUUGAAGACUGCAUAUUGUUGCAAGAACGCAAUAAGCUGAAUGUUUGACUAGGUACUUCACAUUGAAUGUGUUUAUAUAUAUAUCACUAUAAAUAUCAAAUAGCAACCAACAUUGGUAAACACCCCACAAAUUUUCUUGGAAUAUUAUAUUUUAUAUUAUUUUUACUUGUCACAUAAACUUAUUGAUAAAGUUCAUUUUGUUUAACCUAAAUAAUAAAACAGAGUUCACAUUUGUUUAUCUUUGUCCAAAAACUGAUGCUUGGUGGAGCGACCUAACCCAAUCCAUCAAUUUUUUCCUGUAUGUUUUCAUGUUUUUUCUGUAGGUCAGUUUAAAACCAAUGUAAUAGGCCUAUGUUUUUUUAAUUAAUUAUGACAAAUUAUUUUACAAUAUAAUGACUAUUUCAGAGUUUA